UUGGAUAGGUAAAGCAUUCCCUCGUUCCCUUUAUUAAUUCCUCAGAAUCGCCAAUUUGUUCGAGUUAAUUAGGUGCUCUCGCCUAGGUACCUACCUAACCAUGUCAUCAUCAUCAUCGUCGUCGUCGUCGUCCCCUUACCCAUACUUUGCACCACGAUACGUGAUGGCAUCAGUUGCCGUCUCGUUGGGAGGUCUACUGAAUGGAUAUGACACAGGGUCAAUUGGCGCCAUCACGCAUAUGCCCCAAUUCGCCGAAUCCAUAGGACAUCUUUCGUCGACGAUGCUAGGCAUCACAGUCUCGAUGAUCAUGCUAACGGGCACCCUUCCGUCUGUGUUUGCCGGACAUUUCGCGGAUAAGUUUGGGCGGAUAUCCGUGAUCAUUCCCGGAGCUCUCAUGUUCGGCUUAGGUGCGCUAAUACAGGGACUCUCUCACGGCUUACCGCAAUUCAUCGCCGGCAGAGCGAUUGCUGGAUUCGGUCAAGGCGUGUUUCUCAGCAACAUCAGUGUAUAUAUAUGCGAGAUCGCGCCAUUCAGAUACCGUGGAACGUUGGCAGGACUGCCUCAGUUUAUGGCUACAGCUGGGGUAUGUUUUGGAUAUUUUACGUGCUACGGUACCCUUAAUAUCGAGUCGGAUAUGGCAUGGCGCAUACCGUACAUCGUCCAGUGCCUUUUCUCCGCCCUUCUCUCAUGGGCUUGUCUUCUACUUCCAGAUUCCCCGAGGUGGCUCAUGCUAAAGGGAAGGCAAGCUGACGCACUUAGAGCUUUAGAGCGGCUUGACUUCAACAUGGUCGAAGCUGAGCGAGAUUUCCUGAUAACCACUGAGCAGAGACCUAGUCUAUCGCCCUGGCAAAGCUUCUCACUUUUAUUCAGGAGAGGUUAUCGCGCACGUACAAUUCUCGCGCUGUUCAUCCUCGGGAUGGUCCAGCUGUCGGGCAUAGAUGCUAUCACUUACUAUGCCCCUAUUCUUUUUGAGCAAGCUGGCUUGUCAUCGGCCAAUGCCUCUUUUUUGGCCUCAGGCCUUUCGUCUAUUUUGAUGCUCGCUAUAUCCAUCCCAGCCUUCUUGCUUGCCGACAAGUGGGGGAGGCGCACCUCCGCCAUCGCUGGCGGCCUCGCCCUCGCUAGCUGUAUGUUCCUUAUCGGGAGUCUCUACGCUGCAGGCGUAGUUCAUCCUUAUGGUGUUGCUAGAUGGCUCGUUAUAAUCGCCGUCUUCGUAUUUGGCUUGACGUAUUGCGCGACUUGGGGAAUCGUUGGGAAGAUAUACGCCAGCGAGAUACAACCAGGGCAUACGCGCGCCGCAGCGAACAAUGUUGCUAUGGGCUUAUGCUUUGGCACGAAUUUUCUGGUAGCUAUCCUGACCCCAAUUCUUCUGGAAGCAUCUGCUUUUGGGGCCUACUUCCUAUUUGGCGGCCUGGCUCUUGGCACCGUGAUCGUGCUCGCCGCUUACAUGCCCGAGACUCGUGGCCGGUCCCUAGAAGAUAUACAAGAAGUGUUUCACAGACCUAUGGCGUCUAGCAAUCUUAUACAACUUCUGCGAACCCUCGGUCUCGGUCUCGGCCUUGGGACGAGACGAAGAGCUCAUCCGGCUGCACAUGAGUUGGCGGCAGGUGAAGAGAUCGAGAUGGAAUCCCAUAAUGAGACGGGCGCAGUUGCUGCUAGCGCUGUCUCGGUAGAAACAGUGUCUAGGUCUAUGAGACUUGAAGUUUUAGUAUAAGCUUUUGGGACUUUUUUUUGGCGCCACCAUGGAAGGAUCAUCCAUGAGUUUAGAUUUAUGGUAUCACACGUCUCAUUAGUUUGUUCCCUACUAUCUAGAGAUUAUACCUGUAUGCAGGCUUUACCAGGUCUCCGUCCAACUAGCUGUGUGUUGUGUAAAUAUCUUACAUCCUGGACAUUAUACUUGUAACUAUUAUUUAUAGCCGAGAAAGACAAAAAUACACAGCACUAUGUAUCAUUGCAGAUUUUUUUCUACUUUGAUCAUGGAGG